UCGGCUGUAGCGCGCCCCCACCCAAGCGCCGGCGACGCGUCCCGCGCCGCGCCCCACCCCGCGACCGUUGAAUCAAACCGGAGGGGACGACCAGUUUCGCCAUCUGGCCGCCGAAUCGAAACUCGAACACGGACCCGAACUGACCUGCAUCUCACCAUUCCGUGCGUCGGUGCCUGUUGUGUGGUUAACAGAAUCGAGCCCCCGACAUUGUAUGCAGUUUUUUCUUCGAUAACCGUUCGUGCAUUGUACUGUGCGUUGUGUGUGCGCGUUUGUCGAACGUACCGUUAAAUUUUCGGGGGUUGUGCGAGGGAAGCGUCCGGGCGUGGUCGCCCAGACAAAACAUUACUCAUCGCCCGGCGAGGGAUCCCAGACAUCAGUUUUUCGCAAGCACAAAUUCCGCCACCCGUUCGAACGCAACACAAUGACGGCGUGAGGCGUUGACAGCGCUAUCCGUGACAAUGAGUGCCAAUAAUGUGAAUGCUCAAGUUCCCACAACACAGGCGACAGCAACAAUUAAAUCGCGACCUAACAUCAUGCCCAGCAGUUACAUGUACACGUCCAGCAGCGCCCUGUUGAACCGCAAUUCGGAGAACAAACCGACACCGCCGCCCACACUGCCCAAGUACACGUCCAGCUUCAACGCCGGCAGCGGCCUGAACCGCGACAGGGAGAAGGACGGCAUCGGCGGUUCCUACAGGCUGUCGAGCCUCGACAGGCUCGCCAUGCGACAGAAAUUCAUGGACCAGAGCCCUACGGCCACGCCGACUAACGGCUCUGCUACCCCGGCAGCGAACGGGACCGAAACCGCCACCGCAACGGCCACCAUCCAAUCCAAAAGGGAGAUGUUCUUCAACUCCACCACGACCGACGCAACGGCCAACAAGGACUCCAACAGACUGAACAUGAACAAAGUUCCUUCGACUGAAAAGCCACCAGAACCCCCAAUCAAAUCGUCACCGGAAUCAGUAAAGGACGAGGCGAGCAAGGAAUCGACCCCGGAAAUAAUCAAAGAGAGGCCCAAGCCCAAAGAACUGGACGGGUACGUUGGCUUCGCCAAUCUACCCAAUCAGGUGUAUAGGAAGGCGGUGAAAAAGGGCUUCGAGUUCACAUUGAUGGUGGUCGGCGAAUCGGGUCUGGGCAAAUCCACCCUCAUCAACUCCAUGUUCCUGACGGACAUCUACAACCCCACGGAUUACCCAGGACCCACGCAAAGGCUCAAGAAAACAGUGGCUGUGGAAACGACCAGAGUUAUACUGAAGGAAAACGGCGUCAACUUAACGCUGACAAUGGUCGACACCCCCGGGUUCGGCGACGCCGUCGACAACAGUAACUGCUGGGUACCCAUCAUCGAAUAUAUUGAAAGCAAAUACGAAGACUACUUGAACUCGGAGGCGAGGGUGACGAGAAAAAUUCUGCCCGAUCAGCGUGUCCAUUGUUGUUUAUAUUUCAUCCAGCCCUCAGGCCACGGGCUGAAGUCACUCGAUAUCGAAUUCAUGAAACGGCUGUGCGACAAAGUGAACAUAAUCCCGAUAAUAGCGAAAGCCGACACGUUGACGGCGGAAGAGUGCGAGCUCUUCAAGAAGCAAAUCCUGACCGAAAUCGCUCAAAACAAAAUCAAGAUAUACGAGUUCCCCGAAACGGACGAGGACGAGGAGCACAAGAUAAACAAAACGCUGAAGGACAGGGUGCCGUUCGCCGUCGUGGGUUCGAAUGCCGUCAUCGAAGUGGACGGUAAAAAGUUGCGUGGUCGCAAGUAUCCCUGGGGUGUAGCCGAGGUCGAAAAUCUGGAGCACUGCGAUUUCAUCGCCCUCCGCAACAUGGUGAUAAGGACGCAUCUGCAAGACCUGAAGGACGUGACCAACAACGUCCAUUAUGAGAACUACCGGUGCAGAAAACUGGCCGGUCUGGGCAGCGAUGGCAAACCGUCGAGGAUCUCGAACAAAAAUCCGCUGGCCCAGAUGGACGAGGAGAAGCGGGAGCACGACAUCAAGAUGAAGAAGAUGGAACUGGAGAUGGAGCAGGUGUUCGAGAUGAAGGUGCGCGAGAAGAAGCAAAAGCUCAAGGACAGCGAGGCGGAACUGACGCGCCGUCACGAGGCCACCAAAAAGCAAUUGGAACAGCAGGCCAAGGAACUGGAGGAGAAACGGCGACAGUUCGAGAUGGAGAAGGAGCAGUGGGAGAAGGAGAACCAGGUGACGGUCGAGGAACUACGAAGAAGGUCGCUGGAGGGUAGCCGGGAAACUGUUGACGGCAAGAAGGAGAAGAAGAAAAAGGGACUGUUUUAAUGAAACCGGUGGACUUUUGUUUGCGCCUGCAAAUGUAAACGUCAUGUAGUGAGAUACGAAGAACAAAUCACACCAGUUACUGAAAUAGGAAAUCCCGACAAAAGUAAUUAUACUGCCAUCGUCAUGAAUAGUGUAAGUGUUAGAAGAUACUUGCCAAUUCAAAUUUUUUUACCAUGGUAGAUGUGAGCGCUACAUGUUAGAUAUACCAUUAUAAAGCAAAAAAAGUAAAAGAUGUAAAUGGGAUAUUAAUUUACAGAGAUAGCAAAAUAUAUUAAUUUCCAAAAAAAAAAUAAUGAUGUCUCAUUCUGACAUUUUGCUUCUGAGCAAUGUGCCAUUUUAUAUUGUAUUGUUUAUUUUUAUGUAUUUAAUUAUAUUUAUAUAAAUACAUUUCCAAAUAGCACUAUAUAAUUAAAUUAUAUACAAUGUUCUGGAAAAAUAUAUUUUAUAUUAUUUUAAAUAUUAAUUUUAUUUGGUGUAAUUUUUUGAAUGCAUCCCUCUUUGAAUAUAAAGAAUGAUUAAAUGUGUUGCCUCUAUAAAUACAACAAAUAAAAUCGAGUCUUAAAUAA